AUGGCAUUCAUCAAAAAUGAAACAUAUUUAAUCUCAAAGAAAAAAAAAAUGGUUGAGAGAUUACUGAUUCCUGUUACUCUCAAUAUAUUGCUAACGUUAAUUGUUUGGAUUGGUGUAUAUCAUACAAAAACGGAUUCGAAUUCUGUCUUCUACUAUAUGCUUGAUCCGGGACAUAAUCGUACAACCGGAAAUGAAAUUGUCGAUGGAAUGGUGAAUGGAAUUGGAUGUGUGUUAAUGUUAGCUGUGAUAAGUUUUGCAUUACUUGCUAUGGCAUUAUAUGAUUACAAAUGCUUGGUUCAAAUGUGGUUAUAUAUGUCCUGUGUACUUAUCAUUUUCGGUGUUUUCGCUUCAUUUUUAGUAGAUUUAUUUAAAGCAUUUGGCUUACAAACUGCUCCUCCAAUAUUCACAGCAUUAAUUGUUAUAACAUAUGGUACCGUUGGUAUUUUGGUAUUUUUUACCAAAAAAACUCCUCUUUAUAUGCAUCAAUUUUAUGUCAUUUGCAAUUGUUCAUUGGUUUCUGUAUUUUAUCUUCGAAUGUUUCCUACACAUACCGCAUGGUUUGUAUUGGUAUGUAUUAUUAUUUGGGAUACAUUCGCGGUACUCGCACCCGUUGGUCCAUUACGACGUAUUAAUGAAAAAGCUCAUGAAUAUAGCGAUCAAGUAUUACGAUUUUUAAUGUUUACAGCUGAAGAUAAAAAUGAUGAACCAUAUGAGGAAAUCACAGUAAACAAAAGCUUCAUCAAGCGGAAACAACAAAAAAUGAGAGAAAGACAUGAAAGAAGAUCCAAAACAAAGUUGGAUUCGGAAGCAGAGAAUGAACAUCUUCGACAACGUAAAAUGUUAUGUUCAAAAAGUGAUACACAAGUUGAAAUCUGCUCAAAGUUUAGAGCAGCAUCUGAUGAACAAAGAAACGAUGGAACAAAAUUUACAGUCUAUGAUGCUUUGAAUGAUGGAUCAUCAGUUCGUCUUGGCAUGGGUGAUUUUGUUUUCUACAGUUUGAUGGUAGGUAAAGCUGCUGCAACACAUAAUGCAAUGUGCGUUAUUGGUUCAAUGGUUGGUAUACUAGUCGGAUUGAUAGUUACCCUAACGAUAUUGUCUAAUGAUGAUGAAACCACUCCGGCAUUACCCGUUUCGAUUACCAUCGCUUUACUGUUACAUUUCGGGAUUUAUUUAUUCGUCGAACCAUUCUAUAGUCAAAUUGUGAUCACCCAAAAAAUGUUCAUUCUACUCUAA